AUGACAGAUUAUGAGGGUUUCAAACAACUGGAAGUCAUCCGUAUAUCCGAGUUAACCAGAGCUACCGAUAAUAACACUACAUUAGUGAUCAGUGCGGAUAUAUUUAGUUUGGAUACGGCAUAUUUUAACAUGCUCAAUGAAUUCAAGCGUAAAAUAUUGUGUGAAUGGGAUUACAACGACUACAUCGUGAUGGACCUGUUGACCGCGAUCACCCUAUUCAAUCCGAAUCGCCCUAAUAUAGCCCACAGACAUAAUGUUAAGUAUGAUAUUUAA